CCGCCUCCUAGAAGUCCUGAAUGGGGGCCUAAUGUAGCUUUCUGUUCGCUGAUUGGUGGGUGGAUGUAUCCAUCUUUUUACAUGCGGAAGUAGGUCUGAAGCAUGGAGCAGACUCAGGAUGGGGGAAAUCUUUCCGGGGUGCACCACAUCAUCCUGGUGUUGUCAGGAAAAGGAGGAGUUGGAAAGAGCACCAUCUCUACGGAGAUUGCACUUGCCCUGCGCCAUGCUGGGAAGAAGGUUGGGAUACUGGAUGUAGAUCUGUGCGGUCCCAGCAUUCCGCGCAUGCUCAAUGCUCAGAGCAAGGAUGUUCACCAGUGUGACAGUGGCUGGGUACCAGUGUACGUGGAUCAGGAAAAAAGCAUCUCGCUCAUGUCUAUUGGGUUCUUGCUGGAGCAGCCAGAUGAUGCUGUAGUAUGGAGAGGACCCAAGAAGAAUGCUCUCAUCAAGCAAUUUGUAAGCGAUGUGGCAUGGGGGGACUUGGAUUUCCUCAUUAUUGACACACCCCCUGGGACAUCAGAUGAGCAUAUCUCCACCGUGGAUGCCUUGCGGCCUUUUAACCCCAUGGGUGCAUUGCUGGUCACCACACCUCAGGCAGUGUCAGUCGGAGAUGUAAGAAGAGAACUGACGUUCUGUAAGAAGACAGGACUCCGAGUUAUUGGGAUAGUGGAGAAUAUGAGCGGAUACGUCUGCCCUCACUGCACGGAAUGCACCAAUAUCUUUUCCAAAGGAGGAGGGGAGGAGCUGGCUCGUCUGUCUGGAGUCCCAUUUCUAGGAUGUGUCCCGCUGGAUCCCCUUCUGAGCCAGAGUUUGGAGCAGGGCAAGGACUUUAUGCAGGAAUUUCCCAACAGCGCAGCAUAUCCAGCUAUUUCCAGCAUCACCCGCCAGAUCCUUGACAUGGCCUCUCCACAAUCCUGACCCCCUGCACAGCUGGAAAAUUCUCACCAAUCCUUUCUUUCUGUUCAGAAAGACAGACAUUAUUAUUGUUGUUUGGCUAAUAAACAUGUGCAGAGUAAAGAGAUCUGUUUUUGGCUGAUAUUCAAACAUAAAUGCAAUAGAAACCAUUGUGGCCUGUACUCUCAGUGGCAUUAUAAUUAUCCUGGUUUACUGGCAUGUCCCCCAAUUCACACAUCCAUCCGUUUAUUUGUGUGUGCCCUGAUUGUUCAUUCCGCAUUUAUUGAUGCAUAAAUUUAUAGACUGAGAUCAAAACAAACUAUGUCAGAUUUGUCACCUUUAAUAAUAUCUUGUAACAAUAUUUGAAUAAAAACUAAACGGGUCAA